AUGCUCAAAGACCCUGACGGCCUUCUUUACCAUUUUGCUGUUGCUGGACAUGCUGGUACUGGGAAGUCUUCUUUAAUCAAUGCUCUCCGAGGUUGUAGAGAUAAAGAUAAAGGUGCAGCCAAAGUUGGCGUUGCUGAGACAACCAUGGCCAUAAAGCAAUAUCCAGACACAAAUUCAGUACUCAACAAAUUUGUAUGGUAUGAUAUUCCAGGUGCUGGCACACAGGCCAAUAGAGUAGAGCAGUAUGUCAUUGAUAAAGGGCUUUUUGUUUUUGACUUUAUUAUCAUUUGUUGGAAAGAUCGAAUUAUGGAGACCGAUAUGCAAAUUCUCAAUUCAUGUAAAAUAUGGAAAAUACCUACCUUCCUUGUUCGGACAAAUUCCCAAACACAUAUCAAUAACCUAAAGCUAAGUGAGGAUAUAACAGAAAAAGAAGCAACUGACAUGCUUAAAAAUGAGACACAUGAAACUGUCAAAAGAAAUCUGAGAGAGGGUAACUACAAUGAACUGAACAAGAAAGUUUAUAUCAUUGAUAAACAUAUCUUGGGCAAAAUUGUUUCAAGUUUUACAAAGAAGUUAUACUCAGUAGAAGAUUUUACAAAGUCCCACUUGAUAAGAAAUUAUAAUAUUACAGAAGAUGACAUUUGGACAGUAGUAAAUGCAGAAGGCAUAAUAGUAAUAGAUGAAGUUGAUUUUUUAAAGGACCUGCUUGAAACAGUGAAUAUGAAAGAGCAGCAAUGUUUGAUAGUUAGGAAUUGA